ACGGACACCUUCUUCUCCUUCCUUCUAUUUGAACCUGGUAUCUCCGACCUUUCACCCGAAGAAGGGGUGAGGUUAGAGCGAACGCUCUAAAAAGGCCUUUUUUCUGGCAAUCAGUGUCUUCCUUUGUCCUUGCCUCCCUCUCCCUUUGCCUUUCUCUCACCUACGUGCAACCUAUCAUCCGCUCUGAAUCCAUAAGCACCCCGGGAUCCGAUAUUUCCAGAAAAAGGAGAAAGGGAAAAGCAUAGCUGGCUCCUCCACAAACCUCAAACAAUCAUAAUGUCGAUGUCCACCACUAAAUUAAAUGCGGAGAGCCAUCUCCUCCUCGUGCGCGCCACUGCUGAUAUCAUAGCCCUACAAACCCUGGCAUCUUGAGCUGACAAACUUCAGGACCAACCCCUCCUCCGCCUCCCCCACGAACUCCUCCGUAAAACAUUCAAAACCUCGCAAAAGCACUUCGAGCGGGACCAAAAUAUCAUUUUGACCGGUGUCAAAGAAGCAGCGACAAAGGCCAUGGCGGGCGGGGGUCCCGAAGACUCCGUAGCUUCGCUAGAUAGUAUGAUAAACAGGAUGCAGGGGCUCAAACGGAAAUUGGAAAGUCUGCACGAGGACGAGAAGGUCCUGCAAGAGCACUCCAGAAAGAGGAUUAACCACCUACAGGACCUUUACAACAUUCCCAGUCUUGUGGAUGAGGGAUAUGACCGGUGGAGUAGGACUAGGCUCGAUAGGCUGUUGGUGGAUUUCUUGUUGAGGGCGGGGUAUGGCGGGAGCGCUAAGAAGUUGGCGCAGGAGAAGCGGAUCGAGGUUUGGCUAGCAGUGCGCUCUUAGGGGCAGGUGAGAAGCUGAUGGGGGUGAAUUUCCAGGAUUUGGUAGACGUUGAUGUUUUCGUUCAAUGCGCUAGGGUCGAAGCGAGCCUUCGAAAAGGGAGUACGGUGGAAUGCCUGGCUUGGUGUCAGGAAAACAAGAAUUCGCUGCGAAAGAUGAAGGUAUUGGGAGGGUUCGCGGAGAGAUUCUGCUGGCAUGGCUGAUCCUUUGGAUAGAGUACUCUUGAGUUUGAGUUGCGCCUGCAGCAGUUCAUCGAACUCGUGCGGGCAGGCCAGCCGAAGGAGGCCACCGCAUACUCGAAAAAGUUUCUUGUCCCCCAUUCGGAGAAUCACCUCGAGGACAUUGAGAAGGCAGCUGCGUUGCUUGCUUUCCGGCCUGGCACUCCAUACCAGCCGUACAAAGUGAGUAUCAUAACAUGUUUCAACUGUGGGGGUUCGGUCCGGAGGCUAACCGGGCUUAGGCCAUGUAUUCGGCAGAUCGUUGGGAAUUUCUCGCCAACACAUUCAUCAAUACUCACCACAGCCUAUACGGCCUUCCUUCCCGACCACUUCUUCACAUAGCUUUGUCGGCGGGAUUAUCGGCACUUAAGACACCAUCUUGCCAUUCUUCUGUGGCUUCAUCUUCGAGCAAUACUGCCAGCUCUACAACUUCUCUGUGUCCAAUAUGCUCCACGGAACUGAAUGAUCUGGCCAGACAUGUUCCAUACGCCCACCACGUUAGGAGCUCUGUUGAACCCGAUCCAGUGGUGUUGCCCAACGGUAGGAUUUAUGGCCGGGAGAGAUUGGAGGAAUUAGCAUCGAAGCUUGGAUUGCCGGAGGAAAAGAUCAGAGAUCCCACUACGGGAGAAGAAUGGGAUCGCAGUGAGGUCAAGAAGGUGUUCAUAAUGUGAUGGAAUGGCAGAACUGGUCUCCUCUCCCUCUUUCGAUUGCUUCCUCUCUUUGCAAUUUUCUACUUUUCGCGCUAGGGUUGGGUUUUAAUUUGUACAUCUACGGAAAUUGAGUUUUGUCUUUGUUAUGAAGGGCGUAGACGGCGUAUUGAGGGCUAGGCUUUUGCUCCGUUAGUCACUCAAUCGUUCGUUUUGAAUGUCAUGAUAUCUUUUUUUGUUUCUCUCUUUUCCGUUAGGUAUAUUCAAAGUCAUGAUGGUGAUGACCCUUCUCGAUCAACUCAAUCGGUCGUGCAAAUCAAAUCACUCCUCAUCAGAGCUAUCGUCUCGUUUUUUUCUCUUUCCCUGCCUACCGCCACCACUGGUAUCGGGCCCCCGAUUGCCCACUUCAAAGACAAAAGUCCUCGCGUCCCUCGCCUCCCCUUUCCAUCCUCCACCGCCGCCAACAUUCCCAAGCGUCCUGGCAUGCGCAUAACCUGGAUAAUCCUCGGGCGCAAACUUGAAACUCGUCCGUGUCUGAAAUCCAAGAGCCCUUGCCAAUCCCUUGAUAUCCCAAAGAUCGUACUGCUCGCCUUCGAACAGUGUGACGACAAUUAUGCCGCAGGGUGAUAGGAGGGGUUUUGCCGACGCGAAAAAUGAUUGGAGCAGUU